AUGCGGGCUCUGCUGGCGCUGCUGGCGGCCCUGAGCUGCGCGGGGCGGGCGGGGGCCGGCGGCGGCCUCAGCUCCAACGCCAUCAAGGUGGGGGCGGCCGCCAGCGCCGCCCCCGCCGCCGCCGCCCCUGCGCCCUUCGACGGCAGCAACAAGGCGCCUCCGGCCGCCACCCGGCAGCCCUUCCCCUGCUCCGAGGACGAGGACUGCGGCCCCGACGAAUUCUGCGGAGGGGCGGCCCGCGGCGGCGGCCCCCCGCUCUGCCUCGCGUGCCGGAGACGCCGCAAGCGCUGCCUACGCGACGCCAUGUGCUGCCCGGGCACGGCCUGCAGCAACGGGCUCUGCACGCCCCCCGAGCCCCCGCCCGGCGUUCCCGAGCUGGACGAACCCGGCCCAGAGGCGCUGCCCCGACGGACGCCCGCGCCCGCCUGGCCGCCCGACGCCAAAGGUGAGGAGGGCGACUUCUGCCUGCGGUCGUCGGACUGCGCAGCGGGGCUGUGCUGCGCCCGCCACUUCUGGUCCAAGAUUUGCAAACCCGUGCUGCGCGAGGGGCAGGUGUGCACCCGGCACCGCCGGAAAGGAGCCCACGGCCUCGAGAUCUUCCAGCGCUGCCCCUGCGCCGAGGGUAUGGCGUGCCGCCCGCAGCGCGACCGCGGCGGUCCCGACGCCUCCCGCCUGCACACUUGCCAGCGGCACUGAGCGACACCGGGGGGCAGACCGAGGAUGGACGAACGGACGGAAGGACAGACGGGGGGAUGGACUCUGGCCCCGCUCGUGAGAGCUCCCCGCUGUGCGCACAGCUGGAGCAGAAGGUUGUUUCUCGAGGGAACUACUCUUAAGCGACUGAUUGCAGUACGUUACUGUGUUGUGAAUAUGGAGGUGGCACUUAGUGUACAGACGUUCUGAGCGAGCCUCCCGGACGCUCCUCCAGCCAGGACUGGGACGUGGUAUGCGCUGGGUUUCCAGUUGCUCUCGAUGGACGCAGCCGCCCCUUCAGGUGAAGGGCAGCCCAGGCUGCGCUGUGCCACGCUC